CGCCGAACGCUACUUAAUCCAUUAAACAUACCGCUACGUUAAAACGCCUCGGUCACUCGAUGCCGCGUUCAGCUCAAUACUGACCGGUCGCUGCCCUGUGAAAGUGUCACCGUUUGCUGAGACACCGAUGACAUAACUUUAAGGGGUUGAUAAGAUACGGCGGAGGGUUAACCUGUGGUUAUUUACGGUGCCCAGUGCGGUGCUAUUGAGGCAAUGACCGUGCCACGUUGACCUAUAUAACCGACCACAGCACAUGAUUCACUGAGUGAGUGACCAACGGGAAACGGCCAACUGACCCUAACGCUCCGGAUAUCACAUAGUUAGGCACACUAUAACAGCUUCGCUCCAAGGCUAUACAUUGCCCAGGGACAGUGUGUGGAAGCUUUCUAGCACCCUAAAUGACUCCGUGGGUUGUUAUGACGGGGAUUCCUUGUAUAUUACACCACUGGUUUACUCUCCGCUGUAGUGAAGACUGAGGUGAAGCGAACGGCGUAAAAGAAGAGGCUGUGAGUUGUUUUAUGAUACACAAUAUUGAGCGAUAACAGUGUAGCAAAGACGGUCCAAAAGGAAAAACAGAACCUUCUUCAAGUUUUGCAAGCGUUGGGUACAGAUAAUAUCAACACAGGAUUCCCUCUGGAAAACUCUCUCGACAAAGUGGCAUUGAAAUCAAGAAGGUUGAUACUUAAGACAUCGUUUUAAUCCUUCGAACUUUUUACGCGGAAUCCACUUGGGCCACCAGCUUCAACAACAAAGUAAGCAUAUUUGUAGUUGCGCUUGGCACCUCUAAAAGUACCAAGUAAGAGCAACAAGGCUGCGGCAGAAGGAGUUACGCAAGACAUAUAUUAUGGAGGCAAGGAUCGGCUAAUGCAUCCGGACUCGUAGUACCUUCAUGACGCGGCGAACACGCAAAUCAAGAUAUUUUGUAUUAACUGUGCAUAUGAUUUUGUGCGCAAAACCAUGUAAUCUGAAAAGGAAAGCAUGAGAAUCAAUGUAUUGUAUUCAGUGAUUCAAGAACAAAGGAAAGAAAUGUGUGAAAAUUCAGAGCGACACCCAACGCGGAAGCGUUCUCCUUGCACCUAGAACCAUCGAAUAUUCUUCUCGACACAGGAAUUUGUUCACCUGGUAAAAAAGCAAUUUAAUCUCAUUCAAUCAGUUUACUGCUAUAAUGGCUUUAAGCAGUUUCUUUAAUGAAACCUUAGGCUUCUUUAAGCCGAUAGAAGUGAGCAUAAAUGCCAAAUCUGAUAAAACGACAACACCCCGAAUAAAAACAACAACGACGCUGCAAGAGUCAGGAAGAACGCCCGACCUAGGAUCUCCAGUUCGCACGGUAACGGAGUCUCUAUUAGAUUCCCUUGCACGGCCAACUACCUUAUCAAGAGGGGAAAAUUACAUCAUGACAACUCCAACUUCAAAAACCCUGAGUAGUUUUGAGUUGUCCAACAAUUUCACGGUUGGACUAGGUUCUUGGAAUCUUACAGACACUUUCUUGGAAAAUAAAACCGCCAACGUCUCGGAAAACAUGUGGCAGCCCAACCCGCUUCCAAUGAAUGCCCAGACGCUGUUGAUCCUCUUUUAUUGUUUAGCGGCGUUCCUCGCUAUAUUUGGGAACAUCAUUGUGAUAGUCACUUUUGUGACAGGAAAACGUUCGAGAGGAGACCUAAGGAUCUAUUUAAUCAACCUCGCGGUGGCCGACCUUCUGAUGGCCAUAUUUUGUAUACCAUUCUCUUUCACGGUCCCUAUGCUGAGUUACUGGAUAUUCUCGGAACCCUUGUGUCCAAUUGUCCAAUUUAUGCAGGUGUCAACUGUCACGGUCAGCGUGUCCACCAACAUGGCGAUCGGGUUUGAUCGUUUCUGGGCUGUGUACUAUCCACUUAAGUCACGACUUUUUUCUGGUGCUCGUGUCAAAAUCGUCAUAGCCAUUAUAUGGGGCAUCUCCAUCAGCCUUGCAAUGCCGAUGCUCGUUGUGGGACGAUAUUCGUUUAUGCACGAAUACAAAGGAAGGACUUACAUUGACUGCGCGGAAACAUGGGCCUUGACCUCAAAAAGGAUUUAUGGAUUAAUUGUCUUAGUGUUUACAUAUAUUAUUCCGCUGACUAUAAUGAUAGUGACGUACAGUCUCGUAGGGAGACGACUCUGGCGCCGGACAGCCCCUGGGAACGCCAACGUAGCACGUGACACAGCCCAGCUCCAGUCUAAACGAAAGGUCAUCAAGAUGUUACUGACGAUAGUAGCCUUGUUUGGGAUCUGCUGGCUUCCUCUUCAUCUCUUCAUUCAGAUCUUGGACUUCGCGCCUUAUUUAUACUCUGUGGAGAGCGCGCCCAUAUUGGACAUUUCUUUUUACUGUGUGCACUGGCUGGCAAUGUCGAACAGUUUCCAGAACCCUAUUAUUUAUGGAUUUCUAAACGACAGUUUUCAGGCCGAUUUCCAGGAUUUAGUGCUCCGGGUGAUGCCGUGUUGCCAGUGGUCGCCAUGUUGUAAGAAAAAGUACAAGCUGGGAUACAUGAUGCAAGCAAGCAUGAAAUUCACUGACAAAUUUAGCCGACAAAUGAGCAAGGAAAGUCGGAAAAACAGUUGCCAAUCCCUGAGCCAGGACUCAACAAAAGAAAGUAUGUUACGGGCCCAGAAGGCCUCUUUAUCCUCCUCGUCGUCAUCGCGCAGGUCCCAGUCAUCCUCUUACAAACAAAAUGGCUACAAUGCGCGCAGAGAUAAAGAAAGCGAACCAGACGUUAUAGUCAAGCUGCUACCAUCUAAUGGACGAGUCAGCGAGCAGGCAGUAUGACGUUGAAUCGCAUACUUUGGGAGGGGGAUCUUGUGAUGAAGUAUCUUUAGCUAGAUAGUUUUUACCUAAAAAUCACUGCAGCGUGCUUUUAGAGACGCGCCAUGCAGAAGCAUUGCAACAUGUAACUUAAAAAGUGUUCAUGUCAAAAGGGGGCUCUGUUAAAACUCCGUUUAUAAAUAAUGACUUCUUCAUUGUGCACUGGAGGGUUGACGCCUUUUGUGUCUCCCUUUAUUGACGUAGCGAGGACGAAAAUUGACGGAAAGGACAAAUACUGACAAAAGAAUGGUCUAUAAGUGGAGAUAAAUCAUUUUUCUAUAUUUCUAUAAUAAGAUUUAUUACUGCGGAUGUCCUCUUUUUAAUGAACAGCAAUAAAAAAGCCUGCAAGUUUAGCGGUCAUUUUCUAUACGUUACAUGUUGCAAUUCUGUAGUUCGACUAAGAGCCACAUUUUAAGCAAAUAAAUAAAAAGGCGAAUAAAUAAAUAAAUAAAUCAGAAGUUGCAUUUGACGUCGAUGAAAAGAUCUCUGGUGUUUUAACGACGAGUAGAAUGGAGAAAGACAAAACCGUCCCUUACGUUCAAACAUUUAAGAUGGGGCUACCGGUGAUAUAUAAUUAAGACUGCAAAACACUUCUUUAAUGUUGAUACAUAAUUAGACAUCCGACUUGUAGCUACCAAAGGUACCGAAUAUGUCAGAACUGUGUGUUUACGGGUGAAUAUUAUAUGGGGAAUUUCCAAACAAAACAAACAAAGGUAAACUGUAGAUAAUUUGAUUUGAUUGAUUUUGAUAACGUUACAUAUGUGAAUAUGUGUUGAUCAUAUAUUCUUUUGCCAUGACUGUACAUCAUAUGCACUACAUUUUGUCAAGAUGUAUAUAUAUUUAUGACUGUGUGUUGACUGCACGGAACGUUCAUUAGACAAACAUUAGAAGUAGUUCACUAAAGAGAUACGCCUUGGCUGUCGCACUGUAUUUUUCAACCGAAGAAUCUGCAAGUUGAGUUCACAACUGGAGUAGCUUAUACUGGAAAUGGUACAAAUGACGUCGACAUACAACCAGAUUAGGUUGAAAGAAAUUGUAAUAUGGUCGGCUGGCGAUCUGAUUUUGAACCUAUAAUUAGCGAAAGGUGUAAAAACAGGUAAAAACUGUUCACCAACAGUGGUUGGUGGCUGUAUUUGAGCCACUACAUAUUAUGUGUUGUAAUUACGUCUUACCAAGGCACACGUACAUCACAUACAACUCAACUUUUCUUCCUUGUUCUAAAGUUGAAUUCUUCAAUCUGAAAUAUUUUUAAGAUUAAAGAGAUGAAACAUGCCAGUAACCCUACAACAUUUACUUGUUGACAACAAUAAUAAUGAUCAACGAUUCUGAAUUGCGUAACUUUGAAUGCUUUGGCUUGUUAUGUUGAGUUUGGAUAAUGGAUAUCUAACGUUCAAUUGCUUUCAAUGGCUAAUCACAACAGCAAGUGGAAGUAGCGUACACGGUUGACAUUUAACUUAAUACUUAAUUUUGGUGUCAAAGUUGUGCGAUAGUGUUAGAGUAUUCCGAUCUAUCAGCAGCAUGGAUUUUCAGAAUAACAAUAUGUUAAGACAAUUAAUUGGCUUUCUUUAAUUGUUACAAUAAUUUAUCACAA